CGUAUAGUGUCGGUGUCCCACACAGCACGAGCAAACGGUUGUCGUUUUCAGCACGGGACAGACCCUGCACCCUCUCAUUGCAACAUGGCGACAGAGUUUCAUAACCUUCAGGAGCUGAGGCACAGUGCGUCACUGGUAACAAAAGUGUUUGUCCAGAGAGACUACAGCGAAGGAACCGUCUGCCGCUUCCAGACCAAGUUCCCCUCAGAGCUAGACAACAGGAUUGAGCGAACCUUGCUUGAGGAGACGGUGAAGACCCUGAACUCUUACUAUGUGGAGGCCGAAAAAAUUGGAGGUCAGUCAUACCUGGAGGGAUGUCUGGCCUGUGCAACAGCUUAUAUCGUCUUCCUCUGCAUGGAGACGCGCUAUGAAAAGGUCCUGAAGAAAAUAUCAGGCUACAUCCAGGAGCAGAACGAGAAGAUCUACGCUCCCAGAGGUCUGCUGCUCACAGACCCCAUAGAGAGAGGAAUGAGGGUUCUAGAGAUCAGUGUGUUUGAAGACCGGGGCUCGGGCAGCUCCAGUCCCAGCAGCAGCAUGUCGUCUGCAGGCAGCAGCGCUCGGUGA